ACCGGCAACCUCAUGGUUCCUAGUCAGAUUCGUUAACCACUGCGACACGACGGGAACUCCUGUUUUCUAUACUUAAAAUGCGCUGACAGAGUAAAUCUGAAUGUUUUGACCGCCCACACACCCCCCAAAAAAGAAACGGCAAUUAUGUGAGGUGAUGGAGCCCUCAGCUAACGCCACAGUGGACAUCGCCUUGCAGGACAGAAGUGUAUCAAGUCGUCAUACUGUGCACCUUAAACUUACCCAAUGUUACGUCCACUACAUCUCCAUAAAACUGGGAAAAAAGAGUGAUGUACUGGAAUGAAAUGAGACAGCUAACAGAAAGACGGAUGUGAAGUAUUUGACUUCUAAUAUUUGAAGAGCUAGUAACAGUCAGGUGUCUAUAACCCACUCCAUCUAUCUAUAGAUUAAUCUAUCCAUCCAUCGAUCUAAUCUAUGCUCUCAAUCCAUCUAUUAAUGGAUUAUAGACAUAAAUACAGAUGUAGAUUCAGACCCGGAUACAGAUAUAGCUAGAGGAGUUCUUUCUUCAGAGUUGAUUAGUACCUCCUGUAAAAAGGAUUCCUCUACAUGCUGGCAUUGAGAUAAUCCAGGCACAAGUAUACCGCCUGCCGCACAGCAGAAAUUGGCACAACAAUGUAAAUCAACUAUACUUUAAUUUUAAAAAGAGAAGCGUACACAGCCUGCCUGAUUAAGCCCAAAUGGGUAUACUUGGUCCAUGAAUUCCUGGAAGGACAUGUAGAACUGUAACAGGUAAGACCACAUAGCUUCUGACUGAUGGACCAAUGGAGAAAAAUCUGUGUGUCUACGGCACCCGUCUUAUGUUCUUGGACGUGGGAUCUGGUCCAAAGCAAGACUUGAGCCCCAUGAGACACAGGUUGAGGAAGAGGUUCACUUCUCAUCUGAAACACAAGCAGGAAGAUCCGUCUCCUCUUAGACUCCACCCAAGAGCUCCCCAGAACUAAGUUCUUUGGGAAGGAACCAUUCCUGUGGAGCAACAGAUGUAGAAAUUCUCUGACGAGGAACUCUGGUCUCAUACUUCCUGUGGACCUGACAGUCUCAUGAGACUCUGUCAUCUGCUAACAUGCACCAACAAGAGGCUAACUGGGCUGAGGCCGGCCGUGUCAGAAUCAUGGUCCCCAGAAACACCACCCUCUUCUGUCUUGUGUUCUGUCUUGGCCAGAAGAUUGAGGCACAGGAAGGGCAUUUUCCCAUUCCUAUCAUAUCUGCCACACCCGGUUUUGUGAUUCCCUGGAAUGAGUCUGUGAAGAUCCUGUGCUGGGGAACUCCCGAGUCUUACCUGUACCAACUGGAGAUCAUGAGGAACUCUACAUACGAAGUGGUGGAGGAGAAACUGCGGUUUCAGAAGGCAGCUGAGUUCAUCAUCAACCACAUGGACACAAAUACAGUGGGGCGUUAUCGGUGCCGAUAUAAGAAACAGUACAGCUGGUCAGAGUAUAGUGAGGCCCUGGAGCUGGUGGUGACAGGCUUGUAUGACAAACCCUUCCUCUUCGCUGAUGAGGGCCUCGUGGUGAGGCCAGGGGAGAAUAUUUCCCUCCAGUGCAGCUCGGCACACAUGGCAUUUGAUAGAUAUUCACUGAGCAGUGAGGGAGGGGCCGCUCUGUCCCUGCACCAAAAUGGGAGACGCCAGGGUGCUUUCAUUCUGGGUCCUGUGAACCUCAGCUUCUCAGGGAACUACGCAUGCUAUGGUUGGUACAGUGGCAGCCCUUAUGUGUGGUCGGCCCCCAGUGAUGCCCUGGAGCUUGUGGUCACAGAUGCCCCCCAUCCUGUACCCUCUGUCACGCAUGAGAAAGGAACACGAAUCAUUAUGGGGGGUGAAGAAGGUGCAGAGGAGAAAAGUUAGGACUCUGGGUCUACGGAGAUGUCACAGGGAUAGGAUGAGACACUCGGCAAAAUCGCCACGUGAGGAGGGACUGAAAAGCAAACACAACGCCCCACGACCGCCUCCUUUCCUAUCGACAAGUUUCCCCUGGACUGCAGUUCCUCACUCUCGGACCCAGGCUUAAGACAAAGCCGGGGGCUCGCGAACGCAGGCGCUCCCUGAGGAGGGGGUCAGAGGGAAGCCACACACGGGGACAAAGGCUCCCUUUUCGGGGCUCUUGGGACGGGGUGAAAGGAAACAUGACCAGUGACCAUUCCUCUCCUUCUAACCAGACACCACGAACCAGGGCUCCGCGAUGGAGAAUGCGAUCCGAAUGGGCGUGGCGGGGCUGGUCCUGGUGGUGCUCUUGGCCAUCCUGGCUGAACACUGGCAUGGCCGUCAGAUGCCACACACAGACCAGCCCGAUGUGCCUGAAUGGAGCUGAGUAACCCGAAAAGUCAGGCAGAAUGGACUUACAGACGGACUCCUAAGAGCCCCCAGGUAUACACCAGGCCCUGAGGCAGUGACGUGAUGUCACAACGUGAAAUGAGGUCACAUCCACGCUCCACACCUUAAUAAAAUGUGGGAGAUUCCACAGCGCCCCCGGCCCAACGUCUAGGCAAUGCAACAGGGAUGGAGCCACACGGAGGCGGGAUAAUUACCUAAAACCCUGAAGGAGAGGCAGCUUUCUCUCUCACGCGUGGAUUCACGGAGGGCUACUGGGGUAACACAAGAGAGAAGGCAGUACUAACAAGCUUGGGCCCUGUUUCUAACCAAUCGAAUGGUAUUUUCUUACAUGGAUAUGGGAUAUCUGCAGCCCACCUGUCUAGACAUUGGUGAUAAAAUCCUCAGGAUAAUCUCGGUUCCUAUGAUAAAAAAUAAUGCAAAGCAUUCUCAGUUCUCCUUGCUGUUUUUCACACUUCCUCUACAGAAGUUCUGGCUCACAAAUUCACUUUGUCUGGACUUAAUCAGCAAAUGCUGUUUUGUCCUCCUGUAGGACCUGAAUACCUAGAAUUCCAGUAAUUAUGACUAUGAAUAAUUAAUUAGAAUACUGUCCACUCAACAUAUCACAUAUUCCAAGAUGUAAGUGCACGCACACUAACACUUGUGUGCUAACACGUGCUUUUCCCACGGUUACAAAGACUCUCCCGUUCUUAUAAAAUUCAUGUACUUUAAAAUGUCUCAUGCCUCCGAUGCAAGACAGCCAAAGAAGCUUCUCCUUUGGAUUAUCUCAGGACUUUAAGCUACUGAUUCAUCUUUUUGUGGCAUUCAUCAUAAGAAAACAUGAAACACUGGAAAUGUUUAUGGCAGUGAUGAAUAAAUUGAAAAUGGAAA